UGUUUCGAGACAUUAGAACACGGAUUACACAACGUUGAGCGAUGGAAUCUGUACAGACAUUCAUCCUGAUUCUCAUUUUGGCUCAUGGCCCUGGGACACAAUCCGAAAACCCAGGGUUUGUGGUGAGGAUCACACAGAAAGGGUUGGACUAUGCCAGGCAGCAAGGGAUGAUUGCUCUUCAGAAGGAACUAUGGAAAAUUCAACUGCCCGACUUUUCGGGAUCAUAUCACGUUGAUGUCAUUGGAAAUGUGCAUUAUAGCUUCCACAGUCUGGUUAUCCGCAAUGUCCAGCUUCCUGGUUCACAAGUAAGCCUUCUCCCUAACGUUGGCCUAAAAGUGACAAUCUCUGGAGCCUUCAUCCAGCUGGGGGGACAGUGGAAAGUACGCUAUGCCUUUAUAUCCGAUGAUGGAGAUUUUGAUCUGAAGGUGGAAGGAAUCAGCAUUUCCGUGGGACUGAGUUUGGGGAGUGACGCUACUGGGAGACCCACAGUUAGUCCUUCUGACUGCAGCUGCCACAUUGCAGACAUUGACGUGCAUUUCUCUGGAUCAUUUGGAUGGCUCAUAAACCUAUUUCAUGACAGCAUAGAAUCCGGCCUACGAAGUGCACUAGAGGACAAGAUUUGUCCAAGUGUAAUUGACUCUAUUAAUAGUCAGCUAGAACCUCUAAUCCAGACCCUUCCAGUAACUGCAAAAAUUGACAAGGUAGCAGCUAUUGAUUAUUCCCUAAUGGGAUGCCCGACUGUGACUGCUGACUAUGUAGAUGCUCAACUGAAGGGAGAAUUUUUCGAGCUCUCUCAUCGUUCUACGCCUCCCUUCUCUCCACCACCUCUGUCCUUGCCUGAUGACCACGGUCUCAUGGUUUACUUUGGAGCCUCUGAAUAUCUCUUCAACUCAGCUGGCUUUGUGUAUCAGUCUGCUGGAGCCCUUGUCUUCAAUGUCACCGAUGAUAUGAUACCCAAGGACUUUUCUAUAAGACUCAACACGUCUGCGUUUGGGGCACUGAUACCACAGAUCUCCAAGAUGUAUCCUGAAAUGCUUAUGAAACUGCAGAUUUCAUCGCCCACAUCUCCAUCACUGAAUAUAGUUCCAGGAAACCUAACCAUCUCACCUGUAUUGGAUAUACAGGCAUAUGCCAUUCUACCCAACUCCUCUUUAGUACCCCUAUUUCUUCUCGAAUUGACAACACAAGCUCUGGCAAAGGUUGCAAUCAAUGUAGGUCGAAUUCAAGGUCACCUGGAACUCUCCAAAAUACAGAUAGAACUUAAACAUUCCGAUGUUGGGCCUUUCUCGGUAUCGUUACUGAAUAUGGCUGUAAACUAUUAUGUCUCCAACAUACUGCUUCCUCGGGUCAACGACAUUCUUCAAAAGGGUUACCCGUUUCCUCUCCUAGAUCACAUACAGCUCUCGGACGUUGUCAUAAAGCCCUAUCAGCACUUCCUCCUGUUUGGGGCAAACGUUCACUAUGGAUAAACGGAGAAGAGCAGUUUGCCUGCAGAAGAGCACUGACUUACUGCUCACUGGACUCUUAGAACCCUAAAUUCUUGGAAUUUUAACUGAAAAUGUUGGGCUAGAUCUUCUCCCAUGUUUGUAGCCCUUUCUCAGCAGGCUGUGAUAUGUUGUUGAAGACAGCUCCUUCAUAUGCUGCAAUACGGAUUGCCAGCAAGGAGCUACCUGACAUGACAUACCACCUCUAUGCCCAUUAUUCAUCAAUUCAUCAUUCAUGUCAAGGACGGGAAACCUUUGGCACUCCACAUGCUGUGGACUACAUCUCCCAUAAUGCUCUUACAGUUAUAAUGCUGGAAAAGCAUUAUGGGAAAUAUAGUCCACACCAUCUAGAGUGCUGAAGGUUGCCUAUCCCUGAUUGAUGUACAUAAUGACACUGAAUUCCAAACUACACAAAUGGUCUGUAGACUGCCAGAAUCACAGAAAACUUUUAGCAUUUUGUUUUUCCAACACAGACGAACAACAUUCUCUAAUUUGUUUUAAAAUUUAUUGCACUGAAGGAUCUCUGACUUAUACAGGGCAAAUUAUUCCAUAAGUCAUAAUAUAUAUUUUAUAGAUAGGUUCAUAUAUACAAAGAAAUU